AUGUCGGCGACGCACCAGGCGGAUGACCAUCUCACGCCAGCGCAGCCAUGGGCGCGCGAGCUCGACUUCUGCGACCACGCCUAUACUUCCCAUACUGUCUUUAUCCUGCUCAGCAUUCUCAUGUCCAUCUUACUCCUGUUGCGGUACUACUGCUACCCUGACCUGAGUCUGGUGGCAAAGGUAAAGGUUGGCUUCUCCGCUGCCACUUUUGUCUUUAUCGGCUUUGGUGCUGUGCACCUUCCCGACUCCCUGAUGGUGCGACCCCACCCGGCUGUGUGGCGCGCCGUUCUGGCAGUAGGUGUGCUCUAUCUGGUGUUCCUCACCUUCAUGAUCUUUCAGGACCUGGCGACGGUGCGGCAGAUCAUGGGUUACUACGACCCUUCCCUGCUGCACCAGCUGCCGGAGCGCACCUACGCGCAGGACUGCCGCUUGAGCACCAAUGAGGAUCCCUGGUUUUUCGUCCACACGUCCUUCGACGUCUUCCUCCUCGCUCACUCGCUCGGCUACGUAGUCAAGAUGCUCAUACUGCGGGACUGGCGCAUGGUGACGGCCGUGUCGCUCGGCUUCGAGGUGGUGGAGGUGACUUUUCAGCAUGUGCUGCCGAACUUCCGAGAGUGCUGGUGGGAUCACAUUAUACUGGAUGUGCUGAUCUGCAACGCUGGCGGGAUGCUAAUGGGAAUGUGGCUGCUGCGGCAGUUGAACGCCAAGCAGUACAAGUGGAUCGCUCUCAAGGAGAUCCCGACCGUAAAGGGAAAGGCAAAACGACUGCUUGGGCAGCUGGGGCCACGCAGCUUUGAGCGCUACAACUGGAACGUUUUUCAGAGCCCGACCCGCUUCUUCCAAGUCGCCAGCAUCCUGUUGCUGAUGCUGCUUCAGGAACUGAACUGCUUUACGAUGAAGGCAAUCCUGCAGAUGAAGCCGACUCACCACCUCGUGGUGGGUCGGCUGGCCCUGUGGUCGUUGCUCGCCACUUCGUCCCUGCGUGAGCUGUACGAGUUUAUGACGAAUCAGUCUAUCAAGCACAUCGGCACGACGGCGUGGGUGGCGGUACUCGGCAUGGCGAUGGAGACCAUAUGGAUCACGAAGAUGGCCAUCGAGGGGCAGUACUUCCAAGAGGCGCUCAUGCCUACUCACGUGGCGGUGCCAUGGAUGGCCGCCCUCGUUGCGUCUGGCAUUUGGCUGCUCUUGUACUUUGGUGUCUUGUCGCUGGAGCAGCGCAACCGCCGUCGCGGUGCGGCGUACAUGCUGGUGAACCUCUUCUUCUACGCGGCUGCUGUGUGUGUGUUGGCACUGUUUCUGAUGGGUCUGCCCGACCUGCAGAUUGGCCGGCAGGCAUUCGAGUCGGCGAUGGCGCCGUACGAGCGGUACAUGUUCUUCUGGCGGGGGCGCUGA